AAAAAAAAAAAAAACUUUUUCUUUUUUUCUAUACGUGUUCUUGUGUGUCUGCGUGUUUGUGUGUGUGCUUGAGUAAUUAUGAAUAACAACAAUAAGAAAACAUUACAAUUAUGUUCACAAGGAAGAAGACCUUGGUACCAUCCUGACGGAUCUAUUGCCGAUCCUUAUUUAAUUGGCAUUGCAGGUGGAAGUGCAAGUGGAAAAACAAGUGUUGCAGAGCGCGUUUUGAAAAACUUGAAUGUCCCAUGGGUUGUCAUUGUUUCUAUGGAUUCAUUCUAUAAUAUCUUGACUCCUGAACAAAGUAAAUUGGCUCAUCAAAGCUUAUUCAACUUUGAUCAUCCAUCUGCAUUCGAUUAUGAUUUACUCUAUGACACCUUGAAGAAGUUAAAGGAAGGGAAAUCAGUGACGGUACCCAUUUAUAACUUUUCUACCCACUCAAGAGAGGAAAAGACAGUGACUAUUUAUGGAGCCAAUGUGAUCAUUUUUGAAGGCAUUCUUGCAUUAUACGAUAAACGAAUUAGAGAUAUGAUGGAUGUCAAGAUCUUUGUGGAUACGGAUGCAGAUAUUCAGUUGGCAAGGCGACUACAAAGAGAUACAACCUAUAGAGGACGUGAUGUAGAAGGCAUUUUGGAUCAAUAUACUAGAUACGUUAAGCCUUCUUACGACAGUUAUGUUAGGCCCACCAUGAAAUUUGCUGAUGUGAUCAUUCCAAGAGGCUUAGAAAAUGUUAUUGCUAUCGAUUUGAUGACUAAGCACAUCCAAACACAAUUAAACGAGAAUGUCAUUAACUUCCGUUGGAAUCUAUUAGAUACACCUGUCAAAGAAGAAGUACCCAGCAACGUCCAUGUGUUGCCAACGACAAACCAAAUCAAAGGCAUUCAUACCAUCCUGAGAGAUCACAAUACAGAAAGAGACGAGUUCGUGUUUUAUGCUGACCGAUUGGCUGUCUUGUUGAUGGAAUACGCAAUCAAUUUGCUUCCUUCAGAGCCAUUAACUGUGACAACCCCUAUAGGUGCAAAGUAUGAAGGAUUAAGAUAUAGCCAAAAGAUCUGUGGUGUCUCCAUCCUUCGUGCUGGUGGAACCAUGGAGGCAGGCUUAAAACGUGUAUUCAGUGACGCUGUCAUUGGAAAAUUAUUGAUCCAGACAAAUCCAAAUACUGGGGACCCAGAACUUCAUUACUGCAAAUUACCUAAUAGCGCGAGGGAUCACAAUGUUGUCCUGAUGGAUGCUAUGGUUGGAACAGGAGCUGCUGCUUUAAUGGCAAUACGUGUCCUACUGGAUCACGAAGUCCCUGAGGAUCGAAUCAUUUUUGUGUCUUUUCUUGCUGCACAAAUCGGACUGACUGUAAUUAAUAAUGCAUUUCCUCGUGUGAAGAUCGUGACAUCUAUGGUGGAUCCAGACCUUAACAAGGAAAAACUUUGGAUUGUACCUGGCAUUGGUAAUUUUGGAGAUCGCUACUUUGGUACUGAAGAAGAUGAAGAAUAAACAAAGAUACACACACAAAAAAAAAGAAAGUACUUUUUCAUGUUUUUUUUUAUAAGUUACAAAA